ACAGCACCUCUGCUGCCAUUUGUCACACAGCAACAAAAUGUAAGGGAAUAUUGGUGGGAAAGUUCAACCUCCACUGUCAUCCCACCAGUAUCUGCUCCUGAUGUUCUAGUGGGAUACUUGGCCUUGUUUUUGUGAAACUAAUGCAUCAAUUUGGUUCAAGGGAAGUGGUUGCAAGGUUUUGAUCAGAGAUUUUUCAUGAAUUUUUACUCUUUCUGAACUUCAUCCUUGACAAAAGUUGUUCACAAAUGCACGUACUGACAAAAAGCGAUCUCAUGAAUAAGGUAUGAUUGUGAAGCCAAAAAUAUUUUGCUCUGUUAAGACAGAUAAUAUAAAGGUCUAGUAAAGUGACAUGAUCAGAUUUUUGAGUUGAAUAUCUGACUGCAGCUCUAUACACUCCAUUUGAAAACUUGCAGGUAAUAAGUUAACUGCAAAUGGAGUCACAAAUAUACUAAAAAAUUCAUGAAUUUUUUUGCAAUCCUGAGAACUAUUCUCAAAUUCCUUCAUCAGCUUGGAAAGCAUAGUUGCAUAAUUUCUUUGCAGUUUACAGGACUGUGUUUAGUCAAUGUAUCAAAAUGAAUUCAAUUGUUUGCCGUAGCUUGAGUUGGCACUGCACUACACCCUCCCAGUGCCUUUGUUUCGGCCAAACACACACCGAUGUUUGGUUGUUGGUGAGUGAUGGGUGUGUUCCUGGAGCCAGGCUGGACUGGGCCCCUCAGAGAGGAAGAGCUGCUGCCAUGAUAGUGCAGGGCAGGAUGGGCUUGGCCAGGCUGCAUGCAGCCCACAGGCCACAGGUUGGACACGCAUAGUCUAGUUUGUCAACCACUUCUUUCAAUUGUUUAUCAUCUAUGCACCUUGUCCCAUCAUCUGAAUCAUUAAUGAAAGCAUUUUGGUCAGUACUGAUGCCAGUAUUGAACCCAACAUAUGCCACCAGUAAUGGGACUGCAGCUGAAUGUUGCGCUGCUGAUAACAAUCCCUUGAACCAUGAAGUUCAGCCAGUUUUCAGUCCAUCUCACUGUUCAUUUAUCUAGUCCCUACUUUAUCAGUUUGUCUAUAAUGGAUAUCACAGGACAAAGUGCUGAAAGCCUUGUUGACAUCAAAAUAAACAAUAUACGAUGCUGCUCUCCCCUAGUCCACCAAGCCAAUUGUUUCAGACAUUGUCUGAUCUCCUGAAGUACAGGGUUAUAAUCCUACUGUUUGACAUUUUCCCAGAUUCCACCAUCUCGUGACUACUGCAGGCAAUCCUAUCUGCAGAUUUCACAUUUCUGACCAGAUCUUUGCAACUAUCAGACUCAACAGAGCAUUCGCCAUCUGUUGCUUCUUGGAUCACCUGUGCCAAGAAGUUGUCGUCAGCAUGUCCUAGAAACCUCCUGGAUUGUUUUCACUCAACUGUAUCACUCUUCUAAAUAUUUCUGCUGAGGAUGAAGACCUCAAAAGGUCAACUGUCUGCUAGCAGAAGACUUUCUCAAGGUAUCCAAAAAGGGCCUCACCUACCUGUUUCUGACCUAGAGGACUGCAGCACACAUCCAUUGCAACGUUGCCCUCUUUAGGUUGCUUGUCUCAGUUGGUCUGAGAUCUGUCCUUAGGCAGAGCUCUCUCAAGUAUUACCUGCCAGUCCCACUUCUCAUUGUCCUGGCCAGUAUCUUCUGAACUGCCCAAGUCUGUCCUCACCCACAGUUCAGUCAUGAGCCAUACUGCUACAUUUCUAUGAUCCCAACCAGACUGUGAGCCAUACAGCAAUACACAAGGACCCUAAUUUGUCCUCUUGAUACCCUAUGGUGCAUGUGUUAGUGUACAGACACUUCUGAGUACUCUGCUAGGCUGAUUUCCUCUAAGAAUUGUGAAAGCUUCUUGAAUACUACUUAUGGAAAAUGUUUUAAACAGUGUGGCAAAUAUCUGGGACAAAAAACAAAAACAAAAAACCACCUUCCAAAGCAUUUGUUCAGUGCAUAUCACAUUAUCGUGUUCCUCUUAGUACCACUUUUAAAUGAACAAACUCUUUUACAAUGUUACACGUGAACAUUUCAGAGACAUAGCACAUCUUUUAAAAGUGUUUAUCCCCAUUCUCCUAUUCAUUUUGGCUCUUAUCUAACACUUCUCUUAUGAAAUCUAAAUCUAAGGUCAAUAUGAACAAAGUUCAAAUUUUCACAUGCAGUUUAGAUAUAUUAAACUUUUCAGCAACAGCAAUAGUUUUUCAAAAUAAAGUCUUUUCACAAAUCUCUUCCUGCAGAAACACACAGUGUGAGGUGUUUUUUAUAUCUUAGAAAAUAGCUUCUAUUAAAAUAACUUGAGUUAGAAAUAACAUCUAUAUUCUAAAAACUUUAAAAGAUAGAUUACAGAAGUAAGUAAUUCACUGACUUCUGAAAAGUUUCAUUAUGGGCCUGGGCUUUUAAGAAUGUCCUCAUGAAAGAAGUUUUUAUCUCACUGGGCCAACUUCCAUUUUCUAGCCUUUUUUUUUCCUCUAAAGGUGUUAAAGAUACAGAAUCUGCUUGUAAUUUGUGAGAAGAAUUUUACAUACUGGCAUAAAAGUUAACCAAGGCAUAAAAGGAAUCAGCUGUUCCUGUUAAGUAUGUAUUCCUUCCUCUUCUGCCCGUGCAAAGAGAGAAAGCCUUACAAAAUAUACCUGACUGAAAAGGAGACAAAUACUAGGAGUAUCCACUGGAUUUUCAGUUCUUUCUCCAACUAAGCCACUGACAUCCUACCAUGGACUUAAAUGCAGAAUGGGACCACAUGAGCACAGGCAGAACAUUAGCCUGUUAGGUUAAUGAAUAUUAGAAAAAUUUAAGCAAGAGACUAAUGUGUUUCUUAUUUCCUCCUAUUGUGACGUUGUAAUACUGUGUUUUUGACAGUAAAAUAACAGCUGCACUCCACAGGAAAGAAUCCUCAUUAAGCAGAACUAUCUCUAUAAUAGUCAAAUGCAACAUAAUAUUCAUUAAGUAAACACCCUAUGGUAUGAACAAACAUUUAUCUUCAAACAUGACCCAGUUUAAAAGUUUGCCUUAGAAUGACAACUUACAUGUUCCUGCAGAAUUUUCUAACAUGCUUUGAGGGCUGAAAUUCAUUAAGUUUCUGAGGGUUACAUUCUUAUUAUUUUGCCAAAUUUUCAAAACAUCAUGCCGUUUCCAGCUUUGUUUUUAUGAUGGUCUGGCUAUUGUCACAUUCCUUUAGAAUCAAUGUAGCUAAACAUGACUACAUCUGUAUUUUAAAAACAACUGAAUUUAUUGGUAUUGUAUUUUUGAACAACCUUCCCCAACAUACAUGGUAUCCAAUAUAUAUGUAGCUUAUUGCUGCAGCAACUCUAUCAGUGCUUUCAUGCCUGCUAUUUUUCUGUUAGUCUAAUACCACUGGCUCAUAAACCACCACACACAAUUAAUUAAGUUGUUACAACAAAAUUCCAGCUAACAACAAAGACGAUGUACAGAAAGAACUUCAUCUUGCUUUGGGUUCUCUUGAGUCCUCAUUCCUCUCAGAGUAGGCAGGUGGCUGCUCCCUGCAGAAAAGCACACAGACUCACUUCUGCAGGAAUCCAUUGCUGUGCUUUGCUCCUAGAAGUGUUUUAUUCAGAGCAGCAAGUGCCAUGACACCCACUAGAUCCCCUACUGGCUUGCUAACACAAUCUCUUUUUUCUUCCCCUAUGGAUAUUGCUACAAACAACAGCAGCAUUAAAAGAAAAUUCAAUUAAAAAUAUAUUUAGUAUGUAUCAAGAUGUCUAAUUAUUCAAGCUGGCAACACUCCAUUCAGGGGCUCUUCAAGUGCAAGAUCACACUGUUCACCUGCCAUAAAUCUGCCCAGCAGCAGCACUACAAGUACUACAAUCCAACUCUCCACACAUCCUACGAAAGCGCCUUUAAGUCAGUGUGGGCACCACCAUGCUGCUGCACUCUGCGCAGACAGGAGCUGCUCCCCAACAGCCCUUACCCAGACGCCGGCCUCACCACAGCAGCCCCAUGGCAGUCCUAAGGCUCAGUGCCACAAAAGGGCCCCAGACGGCUGCACCACAACUCAGUGACAAACCAUAAUGGCGGAGAAGGUCAACCCGAAGACCCCGAACCGCGCCCGAGGCGUUGCGUCGCAAACUUCUCACUUAAGGCCCAAAGCCGGCAGCCCGCGGCCGAGAUUUCCUACCACUCUCGCGAGAAGUAGCGCAAGCCUCGCGAUACGAAGAGCCGCGGCCGCGCCACCGCCGCUCUUCUCGCGGGAUCGCUCCCGCCCCGCCGCUUCGGUUGCGGCUUUUCCGGCUGCGCGUGCGGCAGCGUCCCGCGGGGCUGUGUCAGACGGUAACGUGAAUCUGCCCGAGCUGAGUGAAGGCGGAGCGGUGCAACAUGUCCUCAGCAGGCGCGGCGCGUGCGGUGGCUGCUCAGCGUCCUGCCGGCUUCCCGCGCCCUUUCCCGGCCGUGCUUCGCCGCGGGGUCGCCGAGCGGUGCCCGUCUCUCGGCUGCCCUUCGGGAGCGUGAGCGUCCCGCGAGUCCCGGCCCCGCUGCUGGGGUGCUCCUCGCCACAACUGCACUCACGUCAGUUACGAUGGGUGAUGCGUGGCCAGAUAGAUGGCAUGUUGGGGAGAGAUGCCUUGCACCUUGUCCUGAAAAUGGAAAGUUUUCUGAAGGAACAAUAUCAUCAAUUGAAAAGGACAAGAACGGAAAAUCAUUUGCUGUUGUAUCAUUCUUGGAAUCUGAAGACAAGAAAAUACUAAUAUCUGAGCUCUGUAGAGUUGAAGCUGGCAGAUGUUCCUGGAAGAGCGUAAUAUUUGAUGACAGUGACCUGGAAAAGCCUUAUUUUCCUGGACAAAAUCUUCCAUCUUCAGCAGUUGCUUUUAAGUUAUCUGAUGAUGGUGAUUUUAUCCCAUAUACAAUUAAUAGAUACCUGCGUAGUUAUCAAAGGGAAGGAGCCCAGUUUCUCUAUUGGCACUAUGCUAAUAAAAAGGGAUGCAUUCUUGGAGAUGAUAUGGGCCUUGGAAAGACAGUACAGGUCAUUUCAUUUUUGGCUGCAGUGUUACACAAAAAAGGAACACGUGAAGAUAUUGAAAACAAUAUGCCAAAAUUUUUACAAAGGACAGUGAAAAAAGAAUCAAAAUGUAACCCUAACAAGACUUUUCUCAUAGUGGCCCCUCUUUCAGUGCUGUACAACUGGAAGGAUGAGUUGGACACAUGGGGGUACUUCAAGGUCUCUGUGUUACAUGGCAGUAAAAAGGAAGAUGACUUGAAUCGUAUCAAGCAAGGGAAAUGUGAAGUUGCCCUUACAACAUAUGAGACUCUUCGCCUGUAUUUAGAUGAACUUAACAAUAUAGAGUGGUCUGCUGUCAUAGUGGAUGAAGUGCACAGAAUCAAGAAUCCAAAGUCUCAAAUAACUCAAACAAUGAAGUCCUUAAAAUGCAGUGUUCGCAUAGGCCUUACCGGAACCAUUCUUCAAAACAAUAUGAAGGAACUUUGGUGUGUCAUGGACUGGGCUGUACCAGGACUUUUGGGUAGUAGAGUGCAUUUCAAGAAGAAAUUUUCUGAUCCAGUGGAGCGUGGCCAGAGGCACACUGCAACUAAAAGAGAGCUAGCAACAGGUCGUAAGGCGAUGGUGAAGCUAGCAAGAAAAAUGUCUAGCUGGUUUCUGAGACGUACAAAAGUGCUUAUCAGUGAUCAGUUGCCAAAAAAAGAAGACAGAAUGGUGUACUGUUCCCUGACAGAAUUCCAGAAAGCAGUAUACCAGGCUGUGCUGAAGACAGAGGAUGUAAGCCUAGUAUUAAGAGCAGGAGAACCCUGCAGCUGCAACAGCGGCCGUAUAAGGAAGAAUUGUUGUUACAAAAUGAAUUCCCAUGGUGAAACAAUCAAGUCACUGCAAUUCAGUUACUUGACAAUCCUACAGAAAGUUGCAAAUCAUGUUGCAUUGCUGCAGACAGACAACACUAGCAAGCAGCAGGAAACACAUAUCAAACGAGUUUGCAAUGAAGUGUUUUCCAGUUUUCCAGAUUUUAUGAAGUUAAGCAAAGACGCAGCCUUUGAAACAAUUUCAGAUCCAAAGUACAGUGGAAAAAUGAGGGUCCUUCAGCAACUUUUAAAUCACUUCCGAAAAAAAAAGGAUAAAGUUCUUCUCUUCUCCUUUUCCACGAAGUUGCUGGAUGUACUGGAGCAAUACUGUAUUGCAUCUGGGCUAGAUUUCCGAAGACUUGAUGGAAAUACAAAAUCAGAAGAUAGGAUCAGGAUCGUAAGAGAGUUCAACAGAGUUCAAGAAAUUAACAUAUGUCUUGUAUCUACAAUGGCUGGUGGAUUGGGUCUUAAUUUUGUUGGUGCCAAUGUUGUUAUACUGUUUGAUCCAACGUGGAACCCAGCAAAUGAUCUUCAAGCUAUUGACAGAGCUUACAGGAUUGGUCAAUGCAAAGAUGUUAAAGUGUUUAGACUGAUAUCCUUGGGAACUGUGGAGGAGAUUAUGUACUUACGGCAAGUUUACAAGCAGCAACUUCACUGUGCUGUGAUUGGAAGUGAAAAUGCUAAGCGAUAUUUUGAGGCAGUGCAAGGAUCAAAGGAACAUCAAGGAGAACUUUUCGGCAUCCAUAACCUUUUCAAAUUUAGAAGUCAUGGGUCUUGUCUUACGAAAGACAUCCUGGAGAGGGAAGGACAAGUAGAAGCUGGAGUCAUGACAGUGACUACUUGGCUAAAAGAAGAACCUCCUCAGGACAGUUCAGAAAAUUGUGAACAACCAGACUAUGGAGGAGCUAGAGGACCUUCAAGCACUAAGGCGCAGUUAGAGAGAGAAGAAACUGAUUUUCAUGAUUAUUUUAGUGAUGAUGAUAAUAUUCUAGAAAUUUCCAUGAAAAAAACUAACAGAAAGAAGCCUUGCAGCACAAAUAAUUUAAUGAUAGCAAAGAGACAGCUUUCCUUAGUGCAAUGUGGAUUCUCUAACUUGUUGCAGAGAGAAACUGAAGCUGCUGAAAGAAGUGGUAAUACUGACUCUCACCAUUCAGGUUCUGAUGGUCAGGCUAUAAGAACAUGUGUCAACAGCAAGUGUGAUGAUGUUCAGAAACGUGAAAGCUACGUGCAUAUUUUGGAGCACAGGAAAACUGCUCAGUUACCAAAUGGAACUGAUAAACAAGAUGUGCAUAGAGCAGAUUGUCUUGUUUUAUCAGACUCUGAAGAAGAAGUGGACAGAGAAAAUGAGGAUCUAUGCAUUUCAAGGCAAAGUGAUGUAGUAAUGGAAACUGAAAGCAGUUCUGAAGAAAACUGUGAUAUCAUCUUUCCUACCCAAUUUCCAGCAAGCCACCAAGCAAUGCAUACUAAAAAAAUUGAAAUACAGACGACAGAAUCUGAAAAUUGUGAAGAGUCACUAAGAAAAAAAAAUGAGUUUGUACUUAAGGAAGAAGGUAGGCAAUUUGUAUUCCAUAGUACCAAAUCAAAUUUCAGCGGAAUUGUGCCUUUUAAAAACAUGAAAAACAACGCAAGAGGUUUGAAAGGUGCAAGCGACAUAAGUGAUGAAUCUGAUGAUAUUGAAAUUCCCUGUCACUCCGAAUCAGGAAAGUUAAGAACAUUCAGCUUCAUGAAAGGGAAACAAAGGCAUACACAAAGCAAUGCACUAGGCAGACUCUCAAAACCUCUGCCUCAAAGGAUGAAGACUUUGAGGAGGAGGAAAGAAAGAGGAAGUGAUUCUCAGAAUAUAGAUGAAUAUUCAUCCUUUGAAGAUAACUUACAGGUUGAAAAGAUUCACACCCAAGAAAAAAGCUGUAAGUGUAAAAGCCAGAGAUGCAGAGUUCAAAUCAGAUCUAAAAUGCUCCAUCCUGUUCAGGAUGGUACGCACUCUUCUGCACAGAUGAAGUCUGGCAAUUAUGCUGUGCAUAGAAGUUCUACACAUAGAGCUCAGUUUGACCAUCGGAAUCAAAAUGUGGAAUCAAUGGACAGAUAUUUAGGUAACUAGUCAUUUAACUUCCUUGUUUUUUUUUAAUCUUAAAUACUAGUGUCUCUGCUGCAGAUUAAGUUCUUCCUUCUAUGUAUCAUUUUGUUAAAAUACACUAAUAAAUGCACUGUUAACUUACUUAAUAAUAUCUGUAUUGCUCUUUUUACCUCUUAGCCUAACUAUUCUAUCUUCCAAGGAAAUGGGCUUCUCUGUAAUAUUUUGUUGAAUGUUUACUUAUCUGUUGAAAGAUUCUAAGAAGGAUGUUUAAUUAACAAUUCACAAAUUUAAAUACUUAAACUGUAAAAGUCUGGACUGGAAUGGUAUGGAUUUUUUAUUUUCCUAAAUUUUUAAUUAUAUGUGACUUGAGAGUUUGAAAUACCAUGUGCAAGAUUUCAUUUGAUUAGUGACUUACCUUUAAACACCUUUAAACAAUAGAUGCUUUGAAAUUUAUUCUUUCUCUAUCUGAAGAAGCCCCAUAGCAGCAGCAUUAAACUGUCUGGAUAAAGCUGCUGAUUGUCUUCAUUUAAGAGAGCUGAGAAACCUAGUGUUGAAUGUAAUUGUAACAAAAGUUACAAGUUUCAAAUAAAAAUUAUUAAUGACUAAUUAAUUGCAGUAUCUUUCUUGAGUGUAACUG